GGAGCCUGCGUAUACGAAUUUGGGGUUUCACUCAGCUGAACUGCAAAGUGCAGCACAUUCUGUCUACAAGACUCAGCGAAGCUCUUCAUAUCCUUCUAUCUUCCACUGAGAGACAAGGACCAGGAUGGCUUCUGCUGCUGCUGUUCCAGCUGGGGCUCACCCGCCCGUCAUCUCCUUGGCGAACUUUGAGGAGCGGAAGGAGGAGAUCACACAGCAGCUCAUGCAUGCUGCCACCACCAGUGGCUUCUUCUACGUCCGAGACCAUGGUGUCGAGCAGUCGUUGAUCGACCGUGAGUUUGAAGUCAACUCCAGGUACUUCAAGGACCUGCCGGCGGAUGUGAAGGCCGACCUGCCGCAAGUGAACUGGGCCAAGCACGAGCUUCUGGGCCACGAAAUUGGCAACAGGGUCAGCGAGGGCGUGGUUCGCGAGGGCCACUUCAAGUGGUGGGAGACCCACAAGGUGGCCGACACAGCCUACCCGGAUGAGAAGCUCCUCCCCGGCUUCAAGUCUACCACCAAGGAGUUCAUGGCGGCCAUGCCAUCGGUGUACAAUCGCAUCCUGUCCUGCAUUGCGCUGGGCCUGGGCUACCCCGAGGACUUCUUCAAGGAGGCCUCCAACCCGCACGACCCCGACAACUACAGCGUGUUUGUGGUCAACUACUACCCGCCCACCGAGGGCGUUACCUGGAAGCCCGACACCCAGCGCAUCACCGCGCACACCGACGAGACUCUCGUCACCCUGCUCUUCACCAGCCCAGGCUCGGCGGGCCUAGAGCUGGCAGCCGGCAAGGAUGGCAAGGCUGUGGACAGCCAGACGGGCCACUACCAGGUGGACUCCUGGCAUCCAUGCCCCCACAUUCCCGGGUGCAUCACGGUCAACGUCGGGGACUCCCUGCAGGCCUGGAGCGACGGCAUUUUGAAGUCCAACUACCACCGCGUCAGGAUGCCCAACCCCGGCGAGCCCGCGGGCGAGAGGUACUCGAUGGGCUACUUUGUGUGGCCCCGCUACAAGGAUGUCAUCCAGGGCCCGCAGAAGAAGUACCCGGGCAUCACCUUUGCGCGGUUCAUGGACGUUAAGUCCAAGGGCUUCGGCUAUGUGCUGAGCCCUGACCAGGAGGUCUUCGAGGAUGCGCAGAACAAGGACGUCGUUCUGGGCAUGCCCAUUGUCUCCGAUGGCAUCGCCGUGGCAUCCUGAGUGCAGGGUGUCCUGGGCAUGCCAGCCAGAGACAGAGCCCCGCAAACGCUGCAUCUUGAGUUCUUCAGGAGCAGAUUAUGGGCGGGUGUUUAUCGCCGGGUGCAUGAGCAGUCAGCGCUGGCCGCUUGGUCGCCUGCGGGCCCGUGUUUUGGAAAGGCAUUGCCACUGCACUCUGGCUCCCCAGGGAGCAGCGGCCGUGUGAGGGUUCAUUCAGAUAAGGCUUUAGAAGUGUUGAAGCCAGUCAGACCAUUAUAAUCAGAGCUUGCAGCGCCCUAAAGUGCUCAGUCAUGCCUAUGUUGCGGAAAGCUGGUGAGUUUAUAAAAAAAAUUUAUGCAAGCUGCCUGAGUGCAUGCUUGCUCUUCCUCUCAGCCAGCACUUUUGUUGCACCAUGAUUGGCAGGAGUGCUUAGCAUGUGAUGUAUGUGUACGUAUGAUGUCAAGGUCCUGACAGCGGUCCAGCAUCCUGAGCGCUCAGCUGAGCUGAGCUGGGUUGAUGCCAAGACCGAUAUCUGUAUGAUGGAGUGUCCAGAGGGGCAUGCAGACAAUCUGAGACGGAAGUCAUGCUGGGGAUGCACCGUGACCGUGACAUUUUGGGUGUGUGCUGCACUCAGAGACGGCUGCUGUCAGACGCGCAUGAUUGUACAAUGCUAUUGAAACGCCUGCUUUCCCAAACCAGAAUACUGUUGAAGGUUUAGGAGGACGUAUAGGUGCCUUGCUCCUGCCACCUGUAGCUGUUUGUACCUAGAGCGGUGGUGUGCAUGUUUGCGUUCAGAGGGAAGAUUUGAGCAGCCCUGCUGCAAGGGAAUCAUGGUGCGACAUGCGGCCGGCAACAGCCUGUGCUGCCUGGCUGAUUCAGACAAAGACAUGAUGGACGGUUGACGAUUUGGGAGCGCAGCAAUAAAUAACGAUCUGGGAGCUCAGAUAGCCUGAGGAUGUAAGGGAUUUGAUGUCAGCAC